GUUGUAUCAGGAAAAGCAUUUCAAUUAUGAUAAUGAAGUUAAUGGGAGAUCAACCGAUAUUAUCGUUGCUCUGAUGAUGUCUGAGAAUAAUUUGGGGCCAAAACUAUACGGUAUCUUUGAGAGCGGACAAAUCAUGGCUUAUUAUAAACAUAAAACCUUUGACAGAGUGGUUCAAAGUGAUCCAAAAGUAGUGGAAAAUGUGGCCAAAAAGUUAGCACAAAUACACGCCAUGGAUAUACCCAUCAAAAAGAGUGGGAACUCCUAUAUGGAAGCGCUUCAA